AUGAAGACGAAGGAUCCCGCUUUAGGCCCAAAUCCCAAUGUUGUUCGUGGCAGCAACGCCGUACAUACUGUAACGACCAGUGGUCAUGAUCCGCAGAAUGAAGAUAUUGAUAGUCACCGUGAUCAGACAGGGCAGGGUCAAUCUCAGGCCAACAUUGAAUCCAACACAAACACCACAGCUACUGUAAUAACCAGUGGUGAUAAUCAGACAGGGGGGCAGGGUCAGUCUCAGGCUAACACUAAAUCCAACACAAACACCACAACUACUGGAAUGACCAGUGGUGAUGAUCAGACAGGGCAGGGUCAGUCUCAGGCUAACACCGAAGCUAUUGUAAUGACCAGUGGUGAUGAUCAGACAGGGCAGGGCCAGUCUCAGACCAACACCACAGCUUCUGUAAUGACCAGUGGUCAUGAUCAGACAGGGCAGGGUCAGUCUCAGGCCAUCGCUGAAUCCAACACAAAUACCACAGCUACGGUAAUGACCAGUGGUGAUGAUCAGACAGGGCAGUAUCAGGCCAUUACUGAAUCCAACACAAACACCACAGCUACUGUAAUGACCAGUGGUCAUGAUCAGACAGGGCAGGGUCAGUCUCAGGCCAUCGCUGAAUCAUUGGAAGCUAGAAAUCUGGGCCGACUGCCUCGCAGCUAA